AUGGUCGAGGCCCCGCGCAAGUCUCGCGUCCUGUGGUCUGGCUGCCUCUGGGCAUUCCUGUCUGCCAUGACAGUCUUCGAUACCAGCGGAAAUGCCGUUGGCUACCCGGUCUUCUUUGGCUUCGUGCUGACUUACAUGCGUGAACGCAACGGUGUCAUUGCCGGAGACUGGCGAGAAGCGCUGACUACUUUUCUCCUCAUCGGGGCGGCUGUGUUUGCAGGAGUUUGGAUCGCCAGCAUCCCCUCGCACAUGCUGCCGGUUCGGAGAUCCUGGAAGCUGGUCGUGCAGCUCCAGCAGCUGCAGUCCUUCAGCAUCUGCCUCAUGCUCUGGCUCGUGACGCUCUUCUUCCGCGUUUACAAGAGGCGGUCGCCCUGGCCGGCCCUGUCCCUCUUGCGCGACCUGGAGCAACCUGCUGCAGACGAAGCCACCCCGGUGAGCUGGCGCCGGGCCCUGGCGGGAAAGCUCCGAGGGGCCGUGGCCUACAUCCAUUUCCUGCCCGAGGGCAUGGCGAGGUUUCACGACAUCGAUGCCUCGCUGAGCAGCUUGCAGACGUACUGGUUCUCCCGGGAAGGCGGCUGGCCCAUCAUCAUCUUCGCCGACAAUGCUUCAGCAGCCCAGCAGGCUGCGAGCUUCGCGGAAAGCUUUCCCUUCUUGAACAUCACAGUGGAGAUCAUCAACGAGAGAGACCUGACAUGGCCCAUGUCCGAGCACCCCAGCUGUUCCGCGGGAUACCGGCGAGCGGCACGCUUUACAGCCGGCCCGCUCUGGAUGCAUCAGGCGCUGGAUGCCUACAGCCACGUGCUGCUCAUGGACACCGAGUUCGUUCUGAGCCACCCGGUUCCCUGGGAUCCUCUCUGGUACAUGUUUGAGCAGAAUGCCGACCUCGGCUACUGGCAGACUCAUUACGAGCGGACGUGGAACCGCACCGUGUACCUCACAGAGGUCUCCAAACUGUUCAUGCGUGCUCGCAACCUGACGCCCCAGGUGCCCGAGUUCGUCAGCUACUGGUGGGACGAGAGCGAGGUUCCCGGUGGCUCCUUCCCGGUGAACAUCUAUGGCUGCCUCUUCGGCGGGUCCCUGUCCUUCUUCCGCUCCGGCCUCUACCAGAGCUACUUUGAGGAGUUGGAUUCCUGGCCUGGCUUCGAUGAGUACUGCUGGUCCCCUCAGAGCAUCUUGGCCAUUGCGGCGGCGUUCUUCUUGAAUGACAACUUCAUUACAGAGCUCUGGGUCUAUGGACGGCACCAGAACAGCAGCAAAACACCUGACGACGGCUGGAACGACUCCAAGCGGGGCAUCUUGCCUCAAAGCCAGCGACCUGCUCACCUGACGUCGGCGGGGGAGCCCUGA